GCCUUCCUGCAUCCUCCAUUCUCCUUACAUUGUGCUUGCUCCAGUGAUCCACAGCCAUCUAUAAUGUCUCUUUCAUACUCAUUGUCCUCUUCCAGGCUGUCUGGUAUCUCAGCAGCUGGAGGUGGUGGGGCAAGAUUAGGACUGGGUGGUGCUGGAGCAGGCAUGGGGCUUGGGCUGGGUCUUGGCUCUGGUGCUGCUGUUGGGGCUGGUGCUGGGCUUGGUCUUGGACUUGGACUUGGUAUGGGUUCUGGACUUGGUCUGGGCUCUGGUCUUGGUCUGGGCUCUGGCGCAGGAUUUGGCUUUGGUGCAGGUGCUGCAGGCUUGGGACUGGGCGGAGGUGGAGGUGCUGGAGCACUAGUUGCGAGCCCAGCUUUUGCCAUGGGUCGCACCUUUGCGGCUGGCGGGCUGACUGCAGGUGCUGCUAUGGCUGGUGGACCUGCCUUCGGCCAAACCUUGGCUCCCGUCUUAUCUCGUGCAGCUGAGAAAACCACACUGUCCACCCUGAAUGACCGCUUCUCUUCAUACAUGACCAAAGUGCGUGCACUGCAACAGGAGAAUGCUGCACUGGAAGCUAAGCUGUCCCAACUUACCGGUGGCGCUGAUAUGUCUCCUGAAUCAUCUGGCACUACUACAGUGGAGUAUGAGACCCAGCUGAAUGAGUAUCGCAACACUCUGCAGAACCUCACACUUGACACAAUCAAACUGGAGAUAGAGCUGGACAAUGUGCGUGGCACCGCCCACGAGUUUAAGGCUAAGCUUGACUUUGAACAAGGCGUCAGGUUCCAGCUUGAGUCUGACAUUGGUGCCAUGAAAAGGGACAUUGAAGCAGCAUCCGAUGUAAGAAUUGAUUUGGAUGCAAAAUACGCCAGCCUCAAGAAUGAACUGGACUUUGUCACAAAAAUGCAGAAAGAGGAGCUUUCUUCUUUGCAGUCCAAACUGGGCACAACGACCAUGGACACAUCUGUCUCCAUGAUUGAAGUGGACACUGGCAAGUCCUUUGACAUCUCCACAGCACUCAACAAGAUGCGAAUGGAGUAUGAGAAAUCUGUCCAGCAACACAGAGAUGAAGCCGAAGCCUACUACAAACUUAAGAUGGAUGAAAUACAGACCGCUAAUGCCAAGAGCACAGAGGCCGUGUCAUCGACCAAAGCUGAUGUCGGAGCAGCCAAGAAGGAGCUACAGACCCUUGGGAUAGAGUUACAGGGUCUUAUCACACAGAACAUGGCCCUGGAGCAGAGCCUGGCAGAGGCUAAUGCCCAGUCCAGCGUGGGUGUAGCUGAGUACCAGGCUCAGAUCGCCAGCCUCACAUCCGCCAUCGAGACUGCUAAAGCUGACCUUCACAAACAGAUCCUGGCCUACCAAGAGCUGCUUGACGUCAAACUCGCUUUAGACGUGGAAAUCGCCACAUACCGAAAACUCCUGGAAGGAGAUGACUUCAAAUUCCCAGAAUUUACAGACUCAUCCUACACUUUCACAGCUGGCGGAGGUGGAAUUCACGUCAAAGAGAUCACAGAGCACAGAGAGACUUCAAUAAUCAGUGAUGCAGACACUGAAUCCUCUUGAGUGCAGAUGGAUUCUCCAAGAGUUGGUUUCAUGGACAAAAAACGCCUCUCCAUGUUAUUCAAAUAAAGUUGCAUUGCAAAUAUA